GCGUGACGUCAUUUAUGCACUGCUCACGCACGUGCACUUUGAAGUUCAAACAGCGUAACCUCAUUUAACCUUAAACGCGAAUUAAGUAACCGCGGACGUUGCCCGACCCCUCUAAUUGUAUGCAGAUUGUACUUUAAAUAAAGCGACAUUCAAAAAGUGUGAAUCGUAAAUAAAAGGAAAGGCCGUGGGCAUUUUGCGAUGUUGGCAGCACUGUCGCUGGGCCCGAGGCGCGGGCUUCCCGUGGGGUGGGGCGGCCUCGGAUGGAAGCUCUGCCCGGCUCGGGGUCGCAUCGCCGGGCACGACGGAAGGCCCGAGCCGGUCUCGAUGCCCCGACUCGCUGCAACUUCGUAUUCUUCUUGCGCCUUCACCGAGGGUGGUUUGUUUGACAAAGUAACUCUACAGGCGUCACGCUGGCAGCCGUGGACCAGACGGGGCUUGUGCAGCAAGGUGAGCGGUGGGUCGACCGCCUCUGCUCAGGGGUGGCUCAUCUACGAUGGCAACUUCACCAGCAGAGUCCGAGGAGUGAAGGUGCUAUCUUACUCAUCCAGUGUGAUGAGCCUGGCCAUAGCCCCUACACUAAUGGCUCAGACUGGACUUGCUGAAGCAGGUACUGCCUUCCAGGCGUUGCUGGGCACGGCAUGGCUCAUCUUCACGUUCAUGACUCCGGCAGCGCUGCACUUUAUCACGCGCUCCUACGUUAGCCGCCUCUACCACAACCCGGAGUGCGAUGAGUACACAGCCGUCACGCUAACCGCGUUUCUGACCGAGCGCCACACCUCCUUCCACCGCGAUGCCGUCGCCGUGCCGGGCGUGGCACGCAUGUUCACCACCUUCACCGCGGCCGGGCGGCCCUUCCUCGUUGACCCGUCGCAGUUCCGCGACUACCUGGACUUUGCGCACCUAAUGGGCCACGACCAGCCGUUUGUUUUCAAGCAGGAGGAGAGCGUGCACGAUCGAGACGACGACGACGACGAUGACGUUGUUGUUCCUGAAAAACCGCGGGAAAAGGAGGAGGCCAAGAUGGCUCGCAAGGAGUAAAUCACUGCAGGGCAGAGCCAUGACUCCCUCCCUCGCCCCCUUGGAGUUCAGAUGGAUUGUGGCAGUCGUUGGAAACAGUAUUGACUAUUGUGCUUCCUUUUAAUGUCACUGGAAUCCGUUCACUGCAGAUUUUGUUGUUGUUUUUCCUCCGCAAAAAAACAAGAGGUUUAUUAAUGUGAGUGAAUGUGAUAUUUGUUUUCUGUCUGUGAGAGAUGUGGUGCCGUGGUGUUAAGAUGGUCAAGACACGAUUGAGAAAGGCAAUGGAAAUUGGAUAUUAAUUGACAGUGUGAUUGUAUGUCCUUACAACCCGAAUAAUUCCCAACAAAACCCAAUUAUUUCCAUAAAAACACAUGUACAGCUCGUAAUGUUAUUUAUUUUAUGUUUAUAAUAUGGAAAGCAAUAUUACUGGUUAUGAACAUCGCUGAAACCGCCUAAAAUCACAAAGUAAUUCUGUAUCGCACAAUCUAAUGCGAAAGUAGCUACUGAACAAUACAGUACUAAACUGGCACUACCUGACGUGAUAUUUCUGCACAAUGUGGAUAUGCAGAUAAUAAUAACUCAGCAUUGCUUGGCAUGCUGUAACAUUUUUUACUUCAGAGAGUGGAAUUUUCUUUUUUUUUUAUCUUAUAUGUGGGAAACAUGGCCACGUUGUUUCAAGAACAAACUAUACCCAAACUGGCAAUGCAUACCAACAGCCACUAUUCACGAAUGGAUAUGGCGUUGAGACUAUUUGUGUUGCCCUCAUCACUUCGCGUAUUUUAUUUGCGGAGAGAGGGAAAGCAAGCGGGUCUUGUUGGGUUUCGAUGAGGCCUUCAAAUCGUUGCACACAACUGCUUCGCCACUCUCCCAGGUGCAUCAUACCACCCGAUGUAGCAGUGAAUGAAGUGCCCCAAACGUUUUCGAGAAGAUUCAUGUCAUUGCACUUAACAAGUGUCAAUAAAUCUACAAAUUUCCUUAUCA